CAGCUGUAGCAGCAACAACAGGCCGGAAAUUAAGUUUACGUCAAAUAUGGAAGGAUUUAACUGGGAAAACUACAGUGAUGAAGAUUUUGGUAAUUACAGUUACAACACUGACCUGCCCUCUAUUCUACCAGACUCUGCCCCAUGCCAGCCGGAAUCUCUGGAUAUCAACAAGUAUGCUGUGGUCAUCAUCUAUGCCCUGGUCUUCCUGCUGAGCCUCCUGGGAAACUCCCUGGUGAUGCUGGUCAUCUUAUACAGCCGGGUGGGCCGCUCUGUCACCGAUGUCUACCUGCUGAACCUGGCCAUGGCUGACCUGCUCUUCGCCCUGACCUUGCCUAUCUGGGCCACCUCCAAGGCAAAGGGCUGGAUCUUUGGCACACCCCUGUGCAAGGUGGUGUCACUCCUGAAGGAAGUCAACUUCUACAGUGGCAUUCUACUGCUGGCCUGCAUCAGCGUGGACCGCUACCUGGCCAUUGUCCAUGCCACACGCACGCUGACCCACAAACGGCACUGGGUCAAGUUCAUAUGUUUAGGCAUCUGGGUCCUGUCCUUGAUCCUGGCCCUGCCCAUCUUCAUCUUCCGAAGGGCCAUCCACCCGCCCUAUUCCAGCCCAGUCUGCUACGAGGACAUGGGUGCCAAUACGACGAAAUGGCGGAUGGUGAUGCGGGUCCUGCCCCAGACCUUUGGCUUCCUCCUGCCCCUGCUGGUCAUGCUGCUCUGCUACGGACUCACCCUGCGCACGCUCUUUGCGGCCCACAUGGGGCAGAAGCACCGGGCCAUGCGGGUCAUCUUUGCUGUCGUGCUCGUCUUCCUGCUCUGCUGGCUGCCCUACAACCUGGUCCUGGUUGCAGACACCCUCAUGAGGGUCCGGGUGAUCGCAGAGACCUGUGAGCGCCGCAAUGACAUUGGCCGGGCCCUGGAUGCCACCGAGAUCCUGGGCUUCCUCCACAGCUGCCUCAAUCCUCUCAUCUACGUCUUCAUUGGCCAGAAGUUUCGCCACGGACUCCUCAGAAUCAUGGCCAUCCAUGGCCUGGUCAGCAAGGAGUUCUUGGUCAAGGACGGCAGGCCUUCCUUUGUUGGCUCUUCUUCGGGGAACACUUCUACUACCCUCUGAGACCGCGCGCAGGGCUCCCCCCUUCCCUUCAGCAUCCGCCCCAAGCCGCAUGUCCUCUGGCUGCUCACAGCCUUGUGUCAAGGCAGCCCCCCAUUGUGGUUACAGGAAGUUGCUGAGGCCACAUCCUUACUAGGCCCCCAGCUAUGGAUUCGAAAGCCCUGGCCCCCAUCUCUUACCGUAAUUACCAUGUCAACUGCUAGAGCUCAGUCCAUCCUACCACUGAGACCACGGCACUCUGUCUUCUGGCAGACAUUCUUUGAAGAUAUUCUUUUAAGUGAUUACAAAAAUUUCCCACCAUUGGGAGGCAUUAGUGUCAAACACCAUUGGUUGCUUCCCCAACUCUCCCUUUCCUUGCCUGCUAACGAAGUCCACCUCCCUUGAGAGAGGCUGAAAAUGACAGAUACUCACUUUCUCAGACUUCCUUAAGCCAGCAGUGGCCAUAUCAUCUGGUUCUGAUAAAUAAGAAUUAAAGGCAAAUUUUGUGCUGAUAAAUCAUUUUCCUGGGAGAAAAAGUCUUGAUUUGUAGCGUUUACCACAUUCCGUGGUAUAAAUAAAUGCUCCCACCAUG